CUCUAGCGUGAAAAUGUAAACAAAGCAGCAAGGUGGCAACUCUGCAGCACAAGCCCACAGAUAAUCUGCAUUAAUAAUUGGCAAUUUGUAUCUAUUUAAGUAAAUAAUAUUAGUGACAAACAAUAAGUAGAGCUCACACACAAUGGCAGAUCGGGCUAUCAAGCUCCUGGUGAUCGGCGAGAGCGGCGUUGGCAAGUCCAGUUUGAUUCGUCGCUUCGUAGAGAACAAGUUCGACCAUAACCAUGACGUCACAAUUGGCAUGGACUUCAAGAGCAAGGUGAUGAACGUGGACGGGAUUGAUUAUAAGGUAGCCCUCUGGGACACGGCGGGCGCCGAAAGAUUUCGCAGUCUGACACCCAGUUUCUAUAGGAAGGCCUUGGGCGCUAUCCUGGUGUAUGACAUCACCAACAGAGACUCCCUCGUCAAGCUGGAGGCCUGGCUGGCUGAAUUGGACAGCUACAGUGACAAUCCAAAUAUAGCCAUCAUCGUGGUGGGCAACAAGAUUGAUGAAGAGCGAGUGGUGGAUCGCGAGGAGGGUCGCAAGUUCGCUAGGAAGCACAGAGCCCUCUUUAUUGAAACAUCGGCCAAGUGCGAUCAGUUUGUCAGUGAUGUGUUCAAGGAUAUUGUGGAGAAGAUCGUCUCCUCCGAGUACUUUAACAAUAGUAAUGGCUCCGCCGGUCUGGACAUUGCCAGCGAUCGGGAUCUGGAGGCAAGCGCUUCCACGUGUUACUGUUGAUACCCGGACGUUGUACGUGCUUCUGUCAAAUUUAAAUUGUGUAUUUAUUUAACCGUUUCAAUAUCACUAGCAUAAAGUCAACCUUAA